UUUCUAUAUUGCGAAUAUCACAACCAGUCAAAGGUUUAAUUAGAAAUGAAGGGUUUAACAUUGGCAGUAUUUGCAUUUGUGGCACUGGCCACUAUUCAGAAAAGCGAAGCACUCAGUUUAUUUGGAAAGCAAAAGGAGACAAAAGAAGAUCUUCCAGCAUCCUAUGUCGAGUCUGAAGUAGAAAAAGAAGUUCUUUCUCCUCCAUCUUCUACCAAACCGUUUCCACCACCACCACCAUCAGGUAGGCCUGGACCACGUCCAAGACCCUCUCCAAGACCAAGACCCUCUCCACGUCCAAGACCUUCUCCACCACCACGUCCUUCUCCACCAUCCACACCAUGUGACUAAUCUCUUAAAUUAUAGGCGGCAGAGCCAGCUGGGAUACCUCCCAAUAAACUUUGUCCUCCAACUAAAUUAACAUAUAUUUUAAGAUGUAUUGUAGGAUAUUCCUUAAUUUUUCUUUAUUUUUUUUUUGAAUAAUAUAUUAAUGCUAUAUUACAUUUUUCUCUUAUUAAUACUCUUAUACCGUGUGUUGCAUCGUCGACCUGAACAUAGAAAAUUCCUCGGAAAAUCCCAUGUAAAUUUUAAAAAUGAUGAAUAAGUUUUCGCUAUUUUAUUUUACAGAAAAUUUUAUUUGAAACUUUUUAAAUAGUUCCUUAAAAUUAAGCAAAUUGUUCAUUUUGAAUAAUUUAUAAGAAUUCAUUUUGAGUUACGAGAGAUACAAAAAAACUAAAUAAGAAGAAAAUUUAAAAUAAUCCGGUUCUGGUCAAACUAUCAUAAAACGGGCCACACAUUAUAGGAUUUAUCGUACAAGUUGUACAACACUAAAUCGUUUCGACCGUUGCGUUGGAUGAAUGGUUGGAUCGUUGGGUAGGGGCAUUGUAGUACAACUUGCAGCUCGACUCUGUCGUAUCGUAUGGAAGUAUAGCAUGCAUAAAAUCUGUGGUACAAUGUAUUAGUAUCUAGAUACGAAAGGUUUGAUAGUUUGUGUGCAAGCACUUCUUGUUGAAACGAAAUAUAAACAUUUUUCGUGGCAAAUUAA